UUUAUUUACAAUUUCCUAAAAACAUAUUUCAGUAAAUUUAUUUCGUUUGUGUGUAAUCAAAUAAAUUAUGUAAACAAUUCAUACAGGGUCAAUUCGGGUCGGAUUCUGGACGUAAUUUAAAAUGAAUUAAGUCCAAAAUCCGUAUUGUGUUUGUGUAAUAUUAUCGUUGACAGUUUCAUUUCGAAUGGCGAUUUGCUUCUCGUAAAAUACCAGGAAAUGCUAUGAUUCAACGCGAGUGCGGUUUCGACAACAGUGACUAAUGUGUUCAGUGCAUUAUUUUCAGUUGGGGACAGCGACUGGGUCGCUGUGCACGCGAGUUGUUAAUAGUGGUUAAAAUGCCGCGAGGGUAAUUUUUAGUGUUCAGAGGAGUAAAAUAUCAACAAUGGUGCCUGCGCCAAGUUGUCCCAACACAUGGGACUACUGGACGUCCUCGCCGUCAGACUGCGUGGAACUGACGUGCCUGCUGCCCAACUCCAUGUACAUACCUCUGAGGAUAAGUUGGGACGCCACUCUUCAGGAUGUCAAAGAGGACCUAUGGGAGCGGGCGGUCAACUAUCCCUUAUUUGGGAUGUUGCAGGAGAUGUCCGGCUAUGUGUUCCAAUUUGUCAAUUCAUUGGCUGUGACUGAAGAAGUAGAUGAUGAGAGUAAGCGUAUAUGUGACAUCAAGCCAGCCUGUGGUGUGCUCUUGAUUGUCGAGAGACUGGUUGAGAGACCCGGGGAGGACGUUCUCAACAGGGACAUCACACAUUUGAUUGGGAAAUCCCUAAAAGAAUUCGACAGUCUCCGAAGCUCGGAGGUGAACGACUUCCGCAUGAGGAUGCGGUACAUAGCCGAGGAGAGUCUGCUGAAGCGAGCUCAGAGCACGCGGCUGGACCGGCUGCGGUACCAGUGCCCGCUGCGGCUCGCGGACCAGCCCGAGACUCCCGCCACGCUCAAGAGCCACCUCAUUAACAACCAGUACUUCAUACUGGUCACCAAGCCACAUCCAGCUGAGAUGUCGUUCUCAUCGAAAGUGGAAGCGACGCAGACCGCCCAGCAGCACAUAGAGAUGAUAUUGUUGAAGCUGGCGAAGAAUCACGACCGGCGCAAUGAGCAUGCGCACAACUACGUGCUAAAGGUGUGCGGCCGCGAGGAGUAUCUGUUCGGAGACCACCCGCUGAUACAGUUCCUGUACAUCCAGGAGAUGCUGUCGAUAGACGGCGUGCCUCAAGUGAUGAUUGUCAGCAUCGACAAGCUGCCGCUGGCACUAAACCGCGACAUCCCAUACAUGCCGGAGCGAAGGCGGCUGACGUCAGAACACUCCAACACGAUGCGUAGGAAAAAGAACGAGUCCUCAUGGAAUAUUCAUCACAACUACACAUGUGUGGUGCAGAGUGUGUGCGGACUGAACGUGGACCCAGGUCGGACAGCUGAGGUGGUGUGCCAAGCCGGCAUAUUCCACGGCGGCAAACCGUUAUGCGAGGUGCAGAAGACACGCGUGACGAACAUCAGCAAGGAAGGAGUCGCCACCUGGGACCAGGAGUUGACCUUCGCCAUCAAAGUCCACAACCUGCCUCGCAUGGCGCGGCUGUGCUUCGGCAUUUACGAGAUCACCAAAGUCAAGUCCAAGAGGCGUGGCAAGGAUUCCAAUAAGGAGGCGGUGACGCGGCUGACAUGGGCCAACACAAUGAUAUUCGAUUACAAGGAGCAGCUGCGCACUGACGGCGUGCGGCUGUCGAUGUGGACGCACGUCGCUGACGACACGCAGGGCGACGACAUGAUCCUGCACCCGCUCGGCACCGUGGUCGCCAACCCCAUCACCGACUCCUGCGCUGAGCUGCAGGUGCUCUUCUCCAAUUAUGACUGUCAGUAUCCAAUUCUAUUCCCGAAACAAGAGACAGUGAUCGCUUACGCGGAGAAAAUAGAGAGUUCCACGCCGGACGCGGUGGACAUGCUGUGUCGAGACUUCGAGGGCUUGCGUUGUAUAGCUGAAAAGGACGCCAUGUUUGAAAUGCACGAGCAGGAGAAGAAAGAUAUCUGGGCCUUGAGGGAGCGGUUCCUGGCGGAGCGGCCGGAGCUGCUGCCGAAGCUGCUGUCGUGCGUGGAGUGGGGCGAGCGCGCGCAGUGGUCGCGCGUGCGCGCGCUGCUGGCGCGCUGGCCCGCGCUGCACGUGGAGUGCGCGCUCGAGCUGCUGGACUACGCCUACGCCGACGCCGCCGUGCGCGCCUUCGCCGUCAACUGUCUGCGCAACAUCAGUGACAACGAUCUAUUACUCUAUCUGUUACAACUCGUGCAAGCUUUAAAGCACGAGUCGUUCCUAAUGUGCGACCUCUCCAUAUUUCUACUCCAACGAGCUUUCAAGAACAUGGCGAUCGGACAUUACCUCUUUUGGCAUUUAAGGUCCGAAAUUCGCGUGCCCUCCGUGUCAGUCAGGUUUGGUCUGAUGCUCGAAGCGUACUGCCGCGGCUCGCAGGAGCACAUCAAAAAUCUGAAAAGGCAGAUCAAUUGUCUCGAGAAGCUUAAAUCGGCGAGCGAGUGCAUCCGCAAGAAGAAGGAGAUCUCGAAGGCGCGCAGCACGCUGCACCAGCACCUGCAGGAGCGCCACUGCGUCGACGCGCUCUGCGACUUCGUGUCGCCGCUCAACCCUAGCUUCAUAUGCAAGAGGAUCAAGCCGGACGGAUGUCGCGUGAUGGACAGCAAGAUGCGUCCGUUGAUGCUAGACUUCGAGAACGUGGACUCGACAGGGACCGAUAUCAGAAUAAUACUGAAGAUCGGCGACGACCUGCGCCAGGACAUGUUUACACUGCAGAUGCUCAGAAUAAUGGACCGUCUGUGGAAAAACCACGGAUACGAUUUCAGAUUAAAUCCGUACAACUGCAUAUCGCUGGAGUGGAAGGUGGGCAUGAUCGAAGUGGUCGAGGAUGCGGAGACUGUGGCGAACAUACAGAAACAGAGCGCGCCGUUCAACGCCGCCUCGACCAUCUACAGAGCUACAUUGCUUCAAUGGCUCCGUAAACACACAGAGAACAACGAGGCGGCGUUCAACAAGGCGGUGGACGAGUUCACGAUGAGCUGCGCGGGCUACUGCGUCGCCACCUACGUGCUCGGCAUCGCCGACCGGCACCCCGACAACAUCAUGGUCAAGAAGAGCGGACAGCUGUUCCACAUCGACUUCGGCCACUUCCUGGGUCAUUUCAAACAGAAGUACGGGUUCAAGCGAGAGCGCGUGCCGUUCGUGUUGACGCACGACUUUAUACACGUCAUCAACAAGGGGCAGAAGGGCUCCGGCGACAACGAACCUAUCGACUUCAAGAUAUUCAAGGAACACUGUGAGACGGCAUUUAAAAUACUUCGGAAGCACGGUCACUUGAUCUUGUCCCUAUUCUCAAUGAUGAUAUCGACUGGUCUGCCAGAACUCAGCUCUGAGAAGGAUCUGCAGUAUCUGAGAGAGACAUUAGUAAUGGAUCUGUCGGAAGAGAAAGCGAUGGAGCAUUUUAGACAGAAAUUCACGGACGCGGUUAAAAACUCGUGGACGACGUCGUUCAACUGGGCGAUCCACAACUUCGACAAGAACAACUGACAGUGACCGGUGAGCCGGCGGCUCAAGCGCCAGCCGUCCAAACACGUGCCUCAGACCCUGUGAGACUCCACAAGUCCCGUCCCAGGGUCGACAGUGGCGCCAGUGUCUUUUACCCAGGAACUGAAUGGACGUACAGUGUCGGGCAUUAUCGAGGCUCAUAUCUUGUAAUACAGUGUUCUGUCCUUUGCCGAUUUUUUAUGACUGUUGUGUACUUGUAUGGUUUCAUUUUCAAAGUUACGGUUGGUAAUUGCGAUUGUAAUGUGAAGUUCUCAUAUGUUUGUCAAUUAUAUACACGAGUUAAUAAGUUAGUUCGUUUAGGAGUCGGAAUGCUGUUAAAUUUUUUAGGUAUCACGGUGUUAUGUUGCGUCCACGGAAGGGUGGCGCAAUUUGUUACGAGCAAAAAUCGACUUUACUCAUUGUGAACAAAGGUUAUCUUACAAUGACUUAUUAUAUUUAUGAAAUCUAUUGAUAUCGAGCGUGUUUCAGUAGAUAUGAGUGAUUUAAAAGUCGAUUAAGAAAUCGAUAUCGGAAGAUUUAUAUCGAUUUUUAUACGCGUGAUACCCAACGUUGUGAAUUAGCCUCUGACGUACCCGAUCGUGCGUCCGAUAGCAUAAUGAUGGUUAUGACUUUUUUCGAGCAACGCAAGAUUAUUUAGCAGUCGUCUACUACAGGUCAUUUCUAGGGCUGCCACGCGUUUUAGUUACAAGAAUUUGUUGCAAAACACUCUGGAGAGUCUUUUCAAAACGAUAUACUCGGUUUUGUAAUCUCCAAAAUAGAAAUGUUUUUAUAUUCUAUAAUUUCAGAAUGUUUUCGGGUGGAUGUGGUGUGGAAUUUUAAUUAACUAGUAGAAUGUCGAUGGAAACAAUUCCAAAAAUGUUUUUCGUUCGUCAAUUUACAAAUGAUAUGCGAUUUCUCGACUUAUGCUUAAGUUUUAGAUGCUAUAAAAUCUAAGCUUUGGCAACACUAUUUCGUGCAUGCCGAAAAAAGUUGUAACCGUCCCAUCAAGUCACCGCGGCUGACGCUGUAUGCUUCAAGUUGUAAGUAAUAUAAUGAAAGGAAUAGUUUGUGUGUAUUGGUGACGUAUUUUACAUUUGUUGUCCAUCUUAUAAUUCGAUAACAUUUAGAUUACAGUUAGUCGACCAACAAUUUGACUAGUGAUGUGAAUGUUUACCACUAUCAUUAAAUUAUUCGUUUCGAUAAUAUUCCUCUAGUACGGUUAGAUUGUUAGAGUUCGCAUUCCCAGCGCCUAAUUUGACGAUACCGUAUCAUAUGUUUGUUAUAUGAAACAUUGUAAUUGUUAUACUAAUUCAUAUAGAAACGUUAAUAGUCAAUAGUUUGUGAGUAUCGAUUACGGUAUGAUCGAAUUGUGAUUGGAUAUCGAUAUAAUAUGGUAGCAUCAGUUAAGUAAUUUUAUAUAAUAAUACUAAUCGAUAUUUGUUUAAUAUGCGUAACACUAUCGAGUUGAAUUUGAAUUCAUAUAGAGUCCUAGAGUACACAUUAAAGUUAAUUCCAAAUGUCGUUAUUAAAUAUUUAAUAUUCGUUUUGUAGUUAUUAAAUGAAACGAUUUCAGUUCUAAUACAUAUAAUUGUAUCAACAAGCAAUGAAAAUACGCUGGAUCGAUAAUUAAGUCCAUAUAAUAAUCAGUCCGGCAAUUGAAUAAUUCUUAACUGAUGUUACCAUAUUUUGUGUAAAGGGAAAGUGGUAGUCUAAAGACUGAUAGUUUCUUUUACGUUUGCCGAGUGAAGUAUGACGAUGCGUGUAUGCCGCGGCGACCUCGUAUUAGAUAUGUUAUAUAGUUUACUCGUGUCGUUAUUGGUAGAUUUUCGAAAUGAAAUUCUAUAAUCAAAAAUAAAACUUCAUAGAACACUUUCGAAAAUGUAUCAUCGUAAUGUAAUGACGAAUAAUGUUGUAAGAACUCUUUAAUUGCGAUAUGAAACUAUUCAAUCGAUGUUGAAUAUGAAUAUUGUUUGAUAUCGAUUAUCGUUAUUGAUUCGCAGAUGAGUCUCGGAUAGUUCGAAAGGCGAGCGGCGGCCGAUUUGGCUGUGAUAUAAACGCGCUGCGAAUGCGCGUAUUAGUUGAGAAAUUAUUCUUUCGUACAAUAAUAUUAUUUGUUUGGACUUGAUUGUUUAAGCGGUGGCUUAAAUAUCUUGAUUUACUAAAUGUUAUUAAAAAGGUAACUAAUUUUGAAUUAGGUUAUUAAAAAAAUUCAUCAACAGUUUGUAUCUUUUUUUAACGUUUGAUUGUAAUGUUCUGUUUCGAUUUGAUUAGCUGCGUAUCGAUAUGAACUACUUGCAUACCACACAGUUGUGUAACUACCUUGUGAAAGACAGUUAUUUUUCCUUCUUGAAAUUUAGAUUAAGUGUGUUCGAAUCAAAAUUUAAUUUUCUAUCGAUAGCUUUAGGGGCGCGUAUAUUAGAUAACUGUAAGGUUUGUUCAUGGGGAAGGGAAGAUAGAUGAUAGAAUGGGCCGCCGCGAGUCCAAAAACUCUCCAAAACCUACAUUAUUAUUGUACACCACACGUUUAAUGUUAGGCGAAUUAAUGCUCUCAUUAUUAAGCGUAGUGCAUAAGUAGCAAACUCUUUUGAAAAUUUCGUAAGUUCCAUAAUAACUUUUGCCUUUAUUCUUAUUAACUUUGUAUCGAUAUGUAUCGAAUUGAAGCGCGCGUUGUACUUCGAUAUAUAUCGCUAUGUUUCAUGUGAGCGUUUGCUAAAGAAAUGAUAAUUUAAUACAUAGGUUUAGCAGUAUUAUAUCGUCGUAUCGUGUAGUAUGAAAUUGCUUUUAGGUUUUUUGUUAUAUAUGACUACCUCAUGCUGUCGUGUAUUAGGGAUGUUCGUUUGCCUUCAUGUUCGAUAUAACACGUAGUGACGCUAUCUCCGUCGGACAUGAUACGCUAGAUAAUUAACACAAUACAUUUAGUAAAGUUGAAAAUGUUUAGCACUCGUUGGAAAGCUCUAGUGGAAAUAUACACGUAAUAGUGUCGAUUCAUAUAUAAUAAAUAUUUAAACGAUGAAUAUGCCUUAUUAUAAAUUUAGCAGUAAGUUGUUGCCACACGAUGUAAGCGUUCGUUUACGUAAUAUUACAUUAAACUAAUGGGAAUUAUUUAGUAAUGUAUCGAUAAUGUGACUCAUUGCGGUACUCAAACCCGUUUAUAAUACUAUAUAACGAUUGAAUAAUGAAAUGAUUAGCCUAACACGUAAGACAUUUGAUAGAUACGCGAAUCUAUAUAUAGAAAUACACCAGUAACAUUUAUUAAUAUUAAUGAGGCGGUCGGCCAUUUCGAUUACGAUAAAAUAUAUGAAAUGUGACGAUGUUUUUCUCACAAUGCGAAGUUACGCUUGGCAACACGAAUAUUCAGAGAUUAAUUUCAAAUGGAUUAUUUACCAUACGAAUAUGUUUUGUAUCGAUAAAAAUAUCGAUACUGAUAAAAUUAUUUCCAUACUUGUUUUAAUCGCGAUAAACGUCGAAUCCUUAUAGUUUCCUGUUCACUGUGUUUUGUCAUUUGUCAAUAUAAGUCUUACCAUUCAUAGCGAUUUUAUAAUUUUAAAGUCGAUUACGUUGAUGUACCAUUUUCCUAGUUAAUUAUGUGCCGAAAACGAAUAACAAAAGACAGAUUUAGUACCUACAAGACCUUUUUACCUCGAAUAUAUUUAGAUAUAUCGUGAUACAGCCACUUAGCAGAACUCAUAGCCGCGAAUUGGUCGCAUUCUUUUCAAAUCCAAUUAUUUCUAUUUAUAUAUGUUUUUUUAGCUGAAAAAUCUUCAUUAGUUGAAGUAUACAAAUAUUACUGUGUUACUUUGAUAAAAAAAUAAUAAUGUAAUCCAAAAUAUUAGACGCAAUUGCGAAUUUGUUAACAAAACGUUUAAAAUUAUGAUCAUACAUAAAACUUAGGUUUAAUUUUUCAUUCGGUUAUAAAUAAUACAAUGCAAAUUUGAAACUAAUUUGUGCUCAAACGAUAGUUUCAUGUAGCCUAUAAUAGCUAAAGUUAUAUAACGAAUAAACAUUAUCAUAUGCAUAUUUUUCUUGUAUAAUUUUAUUAGACGAGUGUUGAGUAGGAAGUCUGUCUCGUAUUUUUUGUGAGAAAAUAAUUUUUGAUUAGAAAAGGAUGCGAUAUCUGAUCGUUUCGUUGAUUCGUGGUUAUUAUUUUUUUUUAUCAUAUGUGUGUUUAGCUCGAGCAAAUUUUUAAGCAUCAAUCUUUGAAAUUGUAUAUAAUUAAUAGAAAUGUUUUGCAUAUGUCCUUGCCUCGAUUGAAUCCCAUAGAACAUUAACAUGUGGGUUUAUUCAAGUUUUGCACCUUGCCUCGAUUGAAUCCCAUAGAGUUAAACAUGUGGGUUUUUUUGAAGUAUUUUUCACUUUAAAACACUAAAAUUUAAACAUGUAAAAAACUUAAAAUAACUGUUUCAAAGUUAUCGAUAAUGUUAUUGUUAUUAAUACUUCCACGGAGUUUGUUUAUCACAUUAAUUUAUUAAGCAGCUAGUACUAUUGUAUAACUUUAGAGAUUGUUUACCUGUUUAGCAUAUUUGUUGCUCAAGCUGUUGUCGAAUCACUUUGCCUAUUCAACAUUAAUAUAUCAAAUUAUUCGCUCCAUUGGUCAUGUUUUGAAGCAAUUUUCAUCGAUCAUUGUUUGAUGAUUUUUCACGUUUUUUAAAAUAUGCUGAGACCAAGUUGUAAAUCCGGUAUUCUUACAGACCCUCAGAAGCUGAUCUUGAAUAUCUGUUUUAUAGAUGGCAUAGAUAUCGAUAAAAUAUCCAAUUGAAUUUUUUAAAUAUUAAUAUUUGAGGUCGUGUCUUUAUGACAAAUUAUAAAUGGUACGCUAAUAUUUCAAAAUUUCUUAGUGUUUGUAUAAUUCUGUAGGUUGUAUUACGAACAAUGUUUAUACUGAAUUGUUUCAAUUAAAUUAUCCACCUCUUAGUGACAUUUAAGUCACAAAACUAUGUUAUUUUGCGCUGGUAAACAUCAAAAGCAUAAGAAUUGCUAUGUACAUGUUAAAUAUUUAAAAAUAAUAGCCCAUAGAGAAAUAUAUUGGGGUUUGGAAUUAAAAUUGUUCCAUCGAUUCAACCAUUUGUUCGAGCUAAUCAAACUAUGACGUCACACUGCCAACAUGAAAACAGUAGACUGAUCGAUUUCGCGAGUUAUCUAUAGUUGUAACACUGCGGCGGAAUACAAUGCGGACAUACAAGUCCACUUUAAUGUAUUAGCUCAGUUAAUUUUAGCUAUAUUUACCGUCACAGCGCGGGUACGUUUCAGUUGCUUUAACAAAUUUAUUUAAGACAUAAUUUGCAUUUUAUCUGAAGAUCAAUAUUGUUUUGGAUCUUUUUUGUGUUUAUAUUAUCAAAAUGUAUGUAAGCCGCACCAACUUGUAAAAUAGGCUAUAAGUAUCAAAUACCGAUAUUUCAAACUCUUUUCAGAUCGAUGUGGCGUUAUCGAAUCAAUAUAUAGUUCCAUAAGCCUUGCCAUAUUGCUUAAAACUUCCGAUUAGAAACAUUAGCUUCCAAUAUAUAGCCGAUAUUUUAAUAUUACAGUUUUAUUUAGAGAAUUUGAUAGUCACAUUAUAAAUUAAAAUAAUAGGGAUGUGGUGGUCGAUGUUUUAUCGAUAUGUCGUGAACAGAUGAGCUUAUAUUUUGUUUAUAAAACUAAAUAGUUCCGUUCUUGACAGGUAUUUUGGAAUUGUAGUUAUUAAAAUAUUGAGUUACAGCAAAUCUAUAGGCAAAUUUGUUGUAUGAAAUUGUGACCAAUAUUCGACACAUUGCGCCAACACAUCCCGCCAUCACGAACAAUAGGCUCUUAAUAUGCAGCUGUUUAUAAACUGUAAGUAAUUUACAUGCGUCAUGUCGAUAUCUUAAUUGAAGACAAGUUAAAAUCUGUAAACUUUGAACAUUUGUCGGAUAUCGAUAUAAUUUGGUGUGUCGAGACAAUAGUGUUCUAUCGACACGUGCUCCGUCUCAUGGUAUGUUGUGCAAUGCAGUAUGCUUCCUUUGCAGUGCUAAAGAAUAUUUUAAAUAGUUUAAGUAAAAUGCAACGGUACGCGAAAAGUAAAUUUAUUUUAUUUUAUAAACUACAGAAUUUUAGGGAUGGAAUUAUGUCGAUAAUAUUAAAUACUUAAAAAAAUAUAUGUCAUACGUAACCGGAUUAUAUAAUAUAAUAUAUAUUAUCAAUGUAAGUCGUUGAUUUAUAUAUUUUUUCCGGUAACUUGAUGAUAUGUUGCGAUUUUCAUUGUCGACAAAUUAUUUAUUUUUCUUUUGUUAAAACUUAGUCUUGCCCAGCUGAAAAUGAUCGAAACAUGAAAAUACCUACGUAAUGAUGAAUAAAUAUUAAAAACAGUAUAGAUAAGAUUCUGUGAAGCUGUUAUCUUUAUUUUCUUAGAUUAUACGAGUCGGCAACAUGAAUGUCACCGGUGGAGGUCGCCCACUUUUUUACAUAAGUUCCGGAAUUUUUACGUCUUAUAAUGUGUAACGUCACAUUAAGUUAAUCCAAGAAACAUGCAGUGGUCAAAAACUGCCAGUCGAGUUUAGAGCGACUUUGUUCUUUGAGUUUCCAAAGCUUUUUCAUUUAUGUUCUUGGUUUUGGAGUACAUUGCUAUAUGAUUUUGAAUUUUGGGUUAAUAAGAAGACAGUUCAAAUUAUAACGAAUUCGUUGCUUUUUGUUGGCAACACUAAAGACAAACGCGUAAAUGGAUGUUGGUAUAAAUUAUACCGUUUAAUCACCAAAAAAUAUUGUAAAUGAAAUGUUUGUUACGCGAUGUCCCUUCGAAGUAGUCUAUAAGGUUUCAUAUUUUGUAAGUAUGCUAGUAACAUUAUUGUUAAGGUUCGUAAAAUAUCUCAAGUCUAUAUACAAUAGUUCCUCGGUUAUGUGUCAUUUUAUAAUCAUACGUGUUACGAAUGCAAGCGUAAAUAUAAUGUAUAAAAAUAAUUUACGAAAUAAUUACUUGCUAUCUCAAAUAUGAUUUUUUUGAAUAAACCUUUACAUACGAGA